AUGGUUGAUCCGGUUGGCACCCCGCUGGCGGCUCUGUCAACUGUGGAUCUUUGUAUUAAGUACGGGAAAAAGCUCGUCGAGAAGUAUCAAACCUUCAAGCAGGCCGACCGGGAAAUACUAGAAUUGAUUCUCUGUGUAGAAGACUAUUGGAUCAAGUUCGAAUACCAGAUCAAAUUCCUUCAAAGCGUGUGGAACAGCCUCGACGAAAGGCUCCAAGUUCAUCAGCACCAUCUUCUACAACUUCUGCACCUCAAGCUCCAGGAAGCCAAUGACCUCCUCGACAAUGCUAUCGGAACCCCGGUAGAAAGGAAUACCAUCGGCUCAGUGAUCAGGAAAAAGGGUAACGUUCGUGGUUGGAAGUAUGCAUUGUCUCUCGACGAUUGCCUCAAACGCUCGGUGGAAGAUCUCAAAAAAUGGCAUGACAUGUUCGAUCCUUCGUGGUUUCUCAUCAAUCGCGUCUCUAGCCAGAACGUCGACAAUCGACUGAAUGAUCGACCGCUGAAUGACCAUGGUUUCCUCUCGACUCUGAAGGAUCUGAGGGAAAUGGUCAGGGCUGCUCAGCUCGAGUCGGUGUCAGGAGACGGAAGUACGAUUUGGAUUCCACCGGAUGCUAUUAAAGAUCAGCGGGAUCAAAUCUCACUCUCGACAGCUGAGAUCGCGGAGAGUCAAACUGGCUCGGAGCACGUGCUUGUGGACACGAUAGUUUUAAAUCCUCAAGCCGAGCUCACAAGGACGACCAAAGAGAUACGGGACCUCGCCAGGAUUCUCUCGAAGUCGGACCCGCUGGUCUUUGGCUUGCUGCGGUGUCUCGGAGUCGCCAAAAGAGCGGAAAUCCAAGGAAACGUGUCACUGGUGAAAUUUGAGUUGGUGUUUUCGGUCCCCCGUGGUCUCCAGGACCCGACUUCGCUACGGACUCUACUACUCCAGAACGAAGAGAGUUACUCGCUCAAUGAGCGACUCGCUCUAGCACGAUCGUUAGCCUCGUCAGUUAUGUACAUCCACUCAUCGAAAUUUGUGCACAAGAACAUGCGGCCCGAGACGACGAUCGUGUUCCGCAGCGACGAGUCUCGACUGGCCGCACCUUUCCUGGUCGGAUUCGAGAAGUUCCGCCCUCUUGAUGGGUGGACUUUCCGACAAGGAGAUUUGUGCUGGGAAAAAAAUCUCUACCGUCACCCUUCGCGACAGGGUCUCCAGCCGGAGGACAACUAUAUUAUGCAGCACGACAUCUACAGCCUUGGGGUCAUGCUGUUGGAGAUCGGGUUGUGGACAUCGUUUGUCGAGCAGGACAGCAACCACACGUUCGUCCCUAGCCCGAUGCUCGGCGCAAACGGCUUCCAGGCAGAGCGCAACGAACGCAAGAAGGCGGCUAUGAUGAAGAGCACACUUAUUGAUCUGGCAUCGGCUCGCUUGGCGAGCAAGAUGGGUCAAAAGUUCAUGAGCAUUGUCCUCGCCUGUCUGACUUGUCUGGACAAAACGGAGAACGGCUUUGGCGAUGAAGACGAGUUUACUGACGAAGACGGGAUCGUGGUUGGAGUUCGGUACAUUGAAAAGGUAAACGUUAGCGAGGAAUCAGUUCAGUCUAGCCUGGGCUAA